AUUGUAUUCUAGAGUGAAGGAAAUAUGACAAUAAAUGGAUCUGAAACAAAAAAUCAUAUAUUAUUUUCAUUUGGUAAACCUAAACAGCAAAACACUAAUUUCAGAAAACUACUCUGCUCGUCAUUUUUCGUCUUCUUCGUCAGCUUACCCCUCUCACUGAGUGAAACAAUUGAAGGGGAAAAAGGGUUUUGGUGAUGGCAGGUAACACUCAGGAUUCAUCAUCUCAGUCUUUCUGGGAAGGCUACAAAGAGUUUUGGGGCGAGAGGUUUUCGUUUAUGAGCAAUUAUUCCAAAUUCAUCAAGCGUGAUAAACCUCUCACCUCCUGGUCUGACUCUGAUGUUGAGGAAUUCAUAGCUUCGGAUCCUGUUCAUGGACCUGUGCUGAGAACUGCUAGAGAAGCAGUGCAAUAUGGCCUCACAGGAAGUGCUUUGGGAGCGUUAUUCACUGCCGGUUUUGCCUGGAAAUAUUCAAGGAGUUUACAUGGUACUGGUCUGUCCUUAUUAGCUGGAGGUGUAUUUGGAUGGACAUUUGGGCAUGAAAUCGCAAAUCAUUCACUUCAACUUUACAGGGUGGACACAUUGGCUUCUGAGGCUAAGUUUCUGGAGUGGUGGAAAAGUAAGACUGAAGGAUAUUGAAGCUGCUGGUAUCUGGAAAGUCAAUGCUGCAUUUGUUAUCGUUUCUGGAAAAUUAAUAAUGUUUUCGGUGUUGCCAGUGCUAUUU